AUGGACUGUUAUCUCUUCUUCGCCAUUUUGCUUACAUCAGUCUCCAUUUCCUAUGGCUAUACAAAUUACCAAAAUGGCUUCAAACCCAUCCAGAAGAGUUAUCAUCCCACUGCAGAGCAAGAAGAGGAGAGAUACGAGGCAUACGCAAAUCAGCCGGCUUAUCCACCAUCGCCAGGACAUAGGCAACAGGCAGGUCCACCAUUACAGCCAACCUUACAAGCAGAAGCAUUCACUUAUCCAGAAGAGGUAGAACAAGAUGAAACACCCAACUACCAAGAUUUUAAAACUCAAAACGAGUUUUAUAACUACCCUGCACAAUCAGAUUCAUUUCUACCUCCAAAAAAUCAAGCUGCAGUAGGAUCUGGAGAACGAACACCCUACGCAGGAGGGUUCGGGCUUCGGAAACACCCAAGGUAUCCAGCUCCUCGUCGAAAAAUGAGAAAAAACCAACGGAAACGAAUUGAAAAUUUUGGAAGAGUAGAGAACCACAGACACUUUCAGCGUAAGAAGUAUGCUCCGGUUCAAAAACAUCCUCAGCAUUACACUGAACCAGAACAUACCCAAUCUCAAGGUCUAGAUAGUAAAAUUGUGGAGAAUCGACCCAAUAAAGUCGGCCGCCACAGGGGCAAGCACCACAUAGAUUACCAUGACUCUCACCCCAAGUACAAUUAUGAGUACAAAGUUCACGAUCCAAACACAGGUGAUUUCAAAAGCCACAAUGAGGAGCGAGACGGUGACUCGGUUCAAGGAAAGUACGAAGUUGUGGAACCUACAGGGGCUCGAAGAAUUGUCCAUUACACCUCAGAUAAGAACAAAGGAUUUGUUGCAGUGGUUCAUACAGAACCUAUUACACACAUACUACCCCAGAAGCCAGAGAAUUAUAAACAAGUUUCAUAUGAGCAACCAGAAGAGGAACAACCAGAAUAUGAACACUCUCAGCAUGACCAACAAGAAAAUCUUGAACAAACUCAAUACACACAGCCCUCUCAAUAUAAACGUACAUUCGAGAAUGUUAAGUCUGAGAAUGGUUUUCAGCCCACAAAGGGUUUUGAAACACCUGUGCAUGAAGAGCAAGAAGAAAAUUUGCAUCAACAAACUCCACAAUUGUCAACACAGUUACUAGAACCCCAAGACUAUUCACAAUUACAACAAUGGCAACAAAUUUAUUCCCAGUCCCGACAAAAACAACAAGUCUAUUCUCAGUUACAAAAAGACAAACCAUAUUAUACGCCAAAUCAACAAGUAAUCUCCCCCUUACAGCAAGGUCAACAAACCUACGCUCAGCUCCAACAGAAUCAACAAGUUUACCCUGAGGUUCAACAAGAACAACAAAUUCAUACACCGUUACAAAAAAAUAAGCAUUUUCAGUCCAAACCAGAUCAACAAACCUACUCCCAGCCCCCACCAUAUCAAAAACUUUACUCUGAACCUCAACAACAACAAAUUUACUCCCCAUUAAAACCCAAGCAACCAAAUAAUUUUCCGCUUGAAGAAAAUCAACAGAUUUAUCCUAAGCCCCAACAAAAGCGCAAACCACAAAAUUCCUCGUUCCAAAAAAAGAAACACCAUGAUUCAGAAUUGAAACCAGAGCAACAAGUACAACUGCAACCCCAACAAGAGCAACAGUUUUAUAGCCAGUCUGAACAAGAACAUCAGAUUUAUCCCCAGCCUCAACAAAAUCAACAACCCAAACAAGAACCAAUUUACCCAAAACAAGACCAACAAGAUGACUGGCCUAAACACAAUCAACUAGAUUAUUUUGAAUCCCAGAAAGAGCCAAUGUCAUUACCAUUGAAACAAGAACAAGGUUACUCGAAUGCUCAACAAAAUCAACAGUUUUAUCCUGAAACCAAACAAGAAGACAUGUUUCCCUCAUUUAACGAAGAGCCAGUUUACUCAACAUCGAAACAAGAAAAACAAGCUAACUUCCAGCCCCUACAGAAGAAACAAAUUAGUCCCCAACCCAGAAGGAACAAGACUAUUCGCAGCCCCAACAAGUUUAUGCCCAACAAGAACAGGCAUAUUCCCAACCCCAACAAGAAGGAGGAUUUCAUCCCCUACUUCAACCUGAACAACUAUCAGCUGACCAAGGCCAAUAUAAACAACACUUAG